CGUCAAUCGACGGCUGUCAAAAAGUGUAGCAAACCAAAAGUUAAAAAAGCGUCCAGGGAAUCGUAAACGUUUGAUAUUGCGCUUGUGGUCUAUUUAAUAUAAAUUAACUACAAUUAAUAGUUCCCACGUAACUAACAAACAAUGUCGCUGGUGUGCAGUAUAUCGAACGAAGUACCGGAACAUCCGUGUAUUUCGCCGAAAUCGGGCGCUAUAUUUGAACGCCGGCUGAUCGAAAAAUACAUCGUAGAAAAUGAGUGCGAUCCAAUCAACGGGCAGCCGCUGACGGUGGAGGAACUGAUCGAUGUGAAAACUCCUCCGAUUGUGCGUCCGAAGCCACCGAGUGCUACCAGCAUACCAGCCACACUGAAAACGAUGCAAGAUGAAUGGGACGCGCUGAUGUUACAUUCUUUCACACAGCGCCAACAGCUUCAAACGGCUCGUCAGGAGCUGUCCCACGCACUAUACCAGCAUGAUGCAGCCUGCCGUGUAAUUGCACGGCUCAACAAAGAGGUGGCAGCCGCUCGUGAGGCAUUGGCUACGCUGAAACCACAAACGGGAAUUUCCGCAAUGCAAGCCGCACCGCAACCAUCAAUUGCCUCGGAAGCUGGUGGCGUUGCUGCACAACCCAUUGAGCAGGCUGGCAUGAGUGCGGAAGUAAUCCAAAAGUUGCAAGAUAAGGCAACCGUACUCACGCAGGAGCGCAAGAAGAAGGGACGAACUGUGCCGGAGGAAUUGGUCAGUCAAGAAAAGCUUCGUGGAUUUCUUACGUUGGCUUCUCAUCCCGGUUUACAUUCUGCCAGCGUUCCCGGCAUUCUAGCGCUGGACAUCAAUCAUUCCGAUCAGAGCAAAAUAUUGACCGGUGGCAAUGACAAGAACGCAACCGUGUUCAACAAGGACACCGAACAGAUCGUUGCCGUACUGAAGGGUCACACGAAGAAAGUAACGAAGGUGAUUUUCCAUCCGGAGGAAGACACGGUCAUUACGACAUCGCCCGAUGCCAGCAUACGCGUGUGGCACGUGCCAACUUCCCAGACGCAGCUGCUGCUGCGAUGCCACGAUGGACCCGUCACCGGGCUUUCGUUACAUCCGACCGGUGAUUACGUACUGUCUACUUCCUCCGACAAGCAUUGGGCGUUUUCCGACAUACGGUCUGGCCGGUUGCUUACGAAGGUGGCUGAUACGGCUGAGUAUGGCCUAACGUCUGCACAGUUCCAUCCGGAUGGGCUUAUCUUCGGCACCGGCACGGAGGAUUCUCAAGUAAAGAUUUGGGAUUUAAAAGAGCAAAGCAAUGUGGCGAAUUUUGCCGGUCAUACUGGCCCAAUCACGGCCAUUUCAUUCUCCGAGAAUGGUUACUAUCUCGCCACUGCGGCCGAUGACGCGUGUGUAAAGCUAUGGGAUUUACGCAAGCUGAAAAACUUUAAAACCAUCCAACUGGAUGAUGGUUACGAGGUAAAAGAUUUGUGCUUCGAUCAGAGUGGCACAUACCUUUCAAUUGCCGGCACGGACAUACGUGUUUAUCUUUGCAAACAGUGGCAAGAGCUGAAGGUGUUCAAUGAUCACACGGCACUGGCAACGGGUGUCCGAUUCGGCAAGCAUGCUCAGUACAUAGCUUCGACGAGCAUGGAUCGAACGCUAAAGCUGUAUGGUAUCGAGUGAACAGAAGGGAAAGUGUAUCUACCUGGCGUAAUUAUAUAGCGUAACAUAACCGUAAUAGUGCAUAAUCAGGCAUAUUCAUUGCGUUUCUGUAAAAUCUUCACUUUUCGAUCAAUAAAUAAGCUUUGACGAUAGCAAAAGUAACAUUUCGUUAACUGAAAAACAUGAAUUUGAUUUGAAUUGUUGUGUAACGCUUCGUAACGUACUGCAUGUUGACGUUUGUUGAUGGAUUUGUAGGAAGAGAGGGAAGAAGCAUGCGUUGACAGCAUGGAAUGUCAGUAGCGAAAUUUACGGAAAGGCUGAUGCAAUAUUGCUGCAGUGGGUAGUUUCGGUCGCCCAAGAAAUAAAUUAAACGUGCGCAAAGACUGUUGAAAACGUAUUGAAAGUACCACAAUUGUGAGAGCAAAUCAUGGCGGAAGAUGAUGCG